CACAAAGCGGAGAGCGCGCCUGACAACGGGAAGGAGCCAUGUUGGAGCAGCUCCUGACCCUGCGUGCUUCACAACGCAAAUCCUCUGUCUGAAGAGCAAACUCUGGGGGACGACACAUCCAACCCCACGAUGUCCACGGACGAUUUCCAGAGCAAGUACGCCUCCGUCAUGGAGAGCAUGCUCAAGAGUGCCAUCGCGGAGACCACCAAACUUUUCGAAACUAUGGUCGACGAGCUGAAGGCAGAGAUCUCCAGAAUCAAGAAGGAGAACGAGGACCUCAGGGCAAGAUGCAGCCAGUUUGAGGAAAAACAGUCGACUGUUUACAGCAGAGGACACCAGGCUCCUCCGCAGCCAUGCUCUGAGAAACGGGACACAGCUGUACAGUGUGAUCUCGUUCCUUUACGCACCAUGCUGGUGGAACAGUGUCAAUCAUUGGAAUAUUCAUCAUUGCAAAUCGAACAGCAACAAUGCUGUCAGUGGGAGAUGGAGAACAGGUUACAGGAUCACAACUAUGGGAAUGGAAAUUCCCAAAUGACACUUAUGCUUGUCAAAGAGGAGGAAUCUUAUGAUGAUUCGUCUUUGCUGCCUGUCAUAAAGCAGGAGGACGUUGAGCCCAACGUAUUUUGUGGCAAAGUCACAAAUGCAGCACGGGGCACUACUUGUGGAAAUGAAAAUGAAGGGUCUCUCAUUGACCACAUGUGUUCAACUGGAGAGAUGUUUGAAAAUGAUGAAGAGACUAGAGUCCCCUUGGAACUACGCUGUCAUGGAAUGGAUAAUGAUUUAGAAAGAGCCCAGAACCAACCAUCUGAACCAGAGCAUCCACUAGUUGUCACAAUAAAAUGUGACAUGGGGGACCAGACAGAGGGACUACUUGUAACGUCUGAAGAACAAACAUUUGUGACUGCUCAGCAACAAUCCAUGGUUGAACUUCAAAAGGAGCAACUAUCAGUGGUUCCACAACAAUGUCACAGAGAGGGUGAAAUGUCAAUAAGUGAACAGACUGAUGCUACUGUGCAGCAAUAUGCAAAAGUACAGUGUACAGAGGAACAUUUACCAGAGCCCACAACACAAAACAUAGAAAUAGCAUGUAAAGAACAAAAAAAUGGCAUGGCAGAAAGUGAUGCUAGUACCCAGCCUGUACGCCGUAGACGAGGACGGCCACCGAAGAAAGUAAAACAACUACAGCAGCCUGUCAAAGAAACUGAUGUAACAACUGAACAAGAUGUGGUGAAUUCCCCUUUAGUAAGAGUGGAAGAGGUUGAGGUUUCUUCUGCCAUUGAUAAGGUUGACACCACUGAAUCUGCAGCUCCAGUAUCCCCAAAUAAACUAAACAUUAUUAAUCCAUCAGCUCUGCAGAGAACUAUGGAGUCUGCUGUAGGAGACGUGGAGAACAGUGAAUUAGGCUCUUUACCUUUUACAGUGGAAUCUUUGACUCAAGGAUGUUCCUCUGACAUGGAAAAAACGUCUGGAUCUCAACAAUGUUCCAUGGAAAUGGAAGCUCCACCCACCGAAAAUUCAUCUGCAACUGAAACAUUAAAUUCCCCACCAGCAGAGUCACCACAAGCAUCACCAGUUGAGCUCAGAGAACGUUGUUCCUCUGUAACACUUCAGGAUGCAAUGUUACUCGUUGAAGCCAUGAAUCUGUCAUCAGGGGAAAAUUCGUUAUCCUCUUUCAAAGGAAUGAUGGAAUCACCCCAAACCCAGUUUGUUCCUCACAUGGAUACGUUACAAACUAUGGACAAGGUCCCAGCAGAGCCACAGACACUGACGCUUUCUUCUGAAACUUGUGACGCUGCAGGCAGUCCAGCCAUAACAUUGCUGUCCACAACACAAUCGACAGUACAGACACUUAGCACCAGUCCUCAGGUUACAGAUUCCCAUUCAACCAAUAAACCCAAGCCCCACAUUAAGAUUGUCAUUCAAAAACAUUUGGUCAAAGCAUCCAAUAUUGCCACACAGCAAAUGCCCUCAUCAAUCUGUGCAACUCAAACAAGUGAGCAGUCAGAGCAGCAAUUUCCCCGUCCUGUGAUAAGAUGGCUAACACAGAGUAAACCGAGUAAUGCCAAGUCUAACAAAAUAAUUGUUGUGCCAAGACCAGAAAGCUUAUUAAUGCCUUAUCAAUUUGCUGCACUGUCCCCAACCCAGCCUCCGACUCUUGUGUCAACAAUUGUUGCUGCACAGAAUAAUAGUUUACUUUCAUCUUCUACGGAAGGACCUUCCUUUUCCUCCCUCCCUGAGAAAACAAUAUCUGCUGCCUCCAGGAAAGCAGUUCCUGUUGUCCCUUCGCAGUUGGCAGCCACCUCAACAGACCAGCAGUCAGGGUUUCUACCCCACACAAAAGCAGUUAUAUUUCCAAGACGGGUGUCAGUUGUGGCAUCAGGGACACAUCAAUCACAGACAGUUUUUACAGCAAAGCAGGAGUCAGCAGAACCAGCUAAUGCUGUGACAGUGUCAUCACCACAGCUGAUUUAUUUGUCACAAGAGUCAAUCUAUUCUGUGGUUGGACAAACUGCUGAAGUGUCUGCAAUAUCAUCUCAAAAGAAGGAUAAUACAUCUUCCAACUUUGGAUCUCCCAAACAAACUGCCUGUGUUUUUGAAAAGACAAAUAUACCACAAACUCAUUCCAGUUUAAUAAUGUUAGUUCAAACUAAGUUUGUGCCAACCUCUGUAUCUCCACUGGAACAGAAACUCUCUGCAGUGGUCAGAUUAACCAGGCUGCCAAUUUCUGUAUCAACGAAAGAAUCUGUGUUGGUCUCAAGACUGCUCUCAAAUGGAUUUCAUGAAUCGCACUCAGUUUUGAGAGAGGGUGCCACACAAGCUAGAUUAACUGUGGACAUACUACAACGGCCAUCAGAGGUGCAAGUGACAUCCCCUAACAUUUGUCCCAGUUUAAAAGAAACUGCAGAUUCUGUGUCUUUCAAUACCUCUCAGUUGUCAAAAGAGAAAAAUAACAAUCAAGAUAUGUACGACAGCGAGUAUGUGCCGCCCCCUACACCACCCAAGGUGUCAGCACCAGUCUUGGACAUAUCAACAGAAGCCAUCAGCAAACCUUCAGCUGUUGAACCUAUUUCUAAUUUGGAGAAGGAAAUAUUCAGCAAUGCAAUGCAAGGUUGUGCACGUUCUAACGACGCAGCAAUAGCGGAGAAAGGAUCAGCUAACCUGAUACAGCUGACCUCCAUCCCGUCCAAGGACAGAUCGGACCCUCAUUUGCAAAUGAGCAAAACCCAGUUCUUGGCGCAGCUGGCAGUGUCACCUGUUGUUCAAGCCCCCAAAAAGGCCUCCUUCAAUGCAGUUGCAGAUACAGGAGCUUCUAGCGCAGAAACCAGCAGCAGUGGCAGGAAAAGGUUGGAGAAAAACACCCUCAUGGCCCAACUCCGAAGUCACCUCAAAACUCACUUGCAUACUAGACGAAGCGAAACAAAGCCAUAUCCAUGCACAGAAACAGAAACCACUACUGUGAGUCCUAAGAAACAUCGAUUACAGAAUGGCAAUCCAAAUAAUACAAACACAACCACUGAACCUAUUCCUGUUAAACCUAAAAAGUCAGGUUUCGUUGAAGACAUUGCAUCUCUAAAUAAGGCUGCAAAUGCCUCCAUUCCUAAUAGUCCAAGGACUGGAUUAUGUAGAGACCCAAGACCCAAGAGGAGUGCAAGUGAACCCACUACCAGGUCAAAGCCUACUAGUGAAACCACUCCUAAAAGUGGUAGGAGGUCUAGCUCAGGUAGAGGUAGUGUAGGUUCUAAAACUGUUAAAUGCAGUUCUGUUACUCAUGGAAGGCCUAGUUCAACUAAAGAUGGGGUUAACUCUAAACAGACAGAAGGCGGUGUUACCCUUAGAAAUACAAAACCCACCACCAAGAGGAUUAGUUCAAGUAAAGAUGGUGCUACCCUUAAACAGACUAAAUCCACUUCUGUGAGUGCUAAAAGGUCUCGUUCAACCAGAGGACAGUCAAGUCUUAAAAAGACUGAAUCCUCUGCUGUUCCUCCCCGGAAAUCUAGUUUAAGUGAAAAUGUUGCAAAAUUUAAAAUGUCUACAAGUGAAAUGAUUACUGUCAGCCAUAGGUCUCCUUUCACCCAACACAGUUCGAGCACGAGACAGAUUGAAAGGGAAUCCAGUCCUUUAAGUCUUUGGAGGAAAACCACAGAUAUUGCUGGACCAAAGAGUCAAUCUGGCUCCUCAAGUGUUUGUUGCCCUAAAUUGGCUAAAGAUGGUGUCAGUCCUGAAAAGAGUGUAGAAACCACUCCUGCUAAGAAAGCCAGAUUGAUUCAGGAAGUUACAAGGCCUGACAAGAAUUUAAGUGUUUUGAAUGCAAAAAAAUUAGCUAAAGCAGCAAAAGCCACAACAUCAGCUAAAAUUAAAAAUUCCAAUCAAUCCAAACUUCAGAAUGCAGCUAAAACAAGACAAUUAACAGAGAAAACAUAUAAGACCCAAGCUGUGUGGAUUCCUCCUACAAUACCAGCCAGUAGAACAUCAGCUGGGGGAAAGGCAUCUCCAUCACCUGUAAAGAAAGAGACGAGAUCUACAAGACCCCAGAAUCAUAUUGCAAUUUACCAGCCUAGUGUUUCUCUCAACCCCAUACCUCCCAAAGCACCAUCCGUGGUAUCACCAUUACAGCCCUUAUCAGUCAUUGGUGGGCGCCUGCUUAAGAAUCAGUGUGGGGAGUGUGGCCGCAUCCUCAGCAGCAGUGCUGCACUUGAGAGCCAUGUCAGUCUUCAUAGAGGACGCAGACCUUUCUCUUGCACGCUUUGUGGGAAGAGUUUCCCAGACUCCAAGGGUCUGAAAAGGCAUGGCCGGGUGCACCGCAAUGGUAGGAUCCACAUCUGCCAGGAGUGCGGGAAGGGUUUUGUCUACCGUUUUGGCCUCACCAAACACCUUCAGAUGGUGCACAGCAAAAUUAAACCCUUUGUCUGCCAGAUCUGCAACAAAAGCUUCUUCACAAAGCGAGAUGUGGAAGCCCACAUACGGAUCCACACUGGAGAGAAACCAUUCCAAUGCAACCUCUGUGAAAAACGAUUCACUAGAAGAGUAGAACUAAAUGUACAUCUGAGGUGGCAUAACGGCGAGAAGAGACACUGGUGCUCGUACUGUGGAAAAGGGUUUUUAGAUCUCAAUAACCUGAAAAGGCACAAGUACAUCCACACAGGAGAGAAACCACAUUCCUGCCCUCACUGCCCCAAACACUUCACACAGUCAGGGCACCUGAAAAAGCACGUGAAAAAUGUACAUAAAAUCCACUGAUAGAGAGACGUAGAAGAUGAUGUGACUAUAACUGGUGUUGAAAAGAUUUUUGUUUGUUUUUUCUUUGACAAACAUCAUUUGCAAAACGAAUAUAAUUGAAGAGAUGCAAUCGGUUUUCGCUUGUCGUUUAAUGGAGAGUAGUGUAUUAUUGUGUUUUAAAAAAUGCUUAAAGGAAUUGUUCAGCAUGAUGUGUUUAUGUCUUCUUGCCAAGUUAACCAUGGUCAUCUCCCAGUUCUAGCUCCAUAUUUAAUUUACUUAUUUCAUUUAAUUUAAUUUAGCAAAAGCCUAUUUCCUAAAAUGUCAAAGUAAUCUUUUUAAAGUAAAAUGAAAAACGUAUUUCCAGGAAUAUUUGUGAAAACACAACACUCAUUUGUCUUUCUUUGAUUUAUUUGAACUCAUAACCCUUUUUUUAUUUUUGUGAUAGUUGAUAUCAAAAGAAUUGUGAGGUUAUUUAAAACACAGUUUGGAAACACUGUAUCUCUUACUUGAUGGCUUGUUUGGGAUAAUGUGAUAGAAAAGUGCUGAGGCUAAUCCGACCUCUAGUGGCCUUUUAAAAAUGUACAUGAGCUCUCUUGGACACUUGAUCUUUAGAGUCCUAAGUAUUAGAGCCCUCGCACUUUUUUACUGGAAUAUAUUUCACUUUGAUUCCUCACAAUAUCUUCAGUAGAUAUGUUAACAUGUCUUGCUCUCUUUAUAUCACUAUUUAAAGUGUUGAAAAUAUAGUUUUACUUUUCAGAGAAGAUGUACAGAAUGUAUAAUUUUACAAUAAUUUUGAUAUUUAUUUGUUUAAGCAAUUUCUAAAAAGAAAAGUCAAACAAUGUAUCAUUUUCUUUAAAAUGUUUGAACAUAUAUAUAGUUUUUUCUACGAGGUACUAAACGGAAUUGUUGUCAAAUAAUUUGCAGAUCCAUUGAUAAUGAAUCACGUUUUAUUAUUAUUUGCAUUUAUUAAUUUAUUAAUUUUUUUCUUUUCCAAUUUUCUACCGAAAAAAAAUAAGAGAUUGAAUGUACACAAUAUUUGACAACUGUUUCAGUGUGAGUUUCGGAAAGUAUAGUAAAUGAUUAAACCAGACUAGGUAAGAACCUAGUAUAUGUGGUAAGACCAUGUAUUGGACAUGUGCCAAAUUGAAGGUUCAACUGAAAACCUUUUCCUUUGCUGGCACAGCCCAAAAAAAAGAAUUGUAAGUAGUUGUUAAACUGUAAAAAUGUCAAUAGUUUGAAUUGUUUUAAUCAUUUUGAAUAUUUGUUGAUUCUGUAAGUAUUCUACUUUUACUCCUGUUGUUACAAAAAAUGCUAAUAAGGGUGAACUGCUUCUGCUAAUUUACCACUUGAAACAAGAUCAUGAAAGUGUCUUCACACUUGACAUGAAGAAUUGCAUCACAAUUUAAGAAAGAAUUUGUUUUAUUUAAUGCCAACAAAUGUGACAGUAGAGUCAUCGUGUCUAGUGGUCUGAUUUACAUUCUUUACAAUAAUGACAAGGAUGUAUAUAUUUCAUAUUGCUAUAUUUUCACUUUGAGCAGGUGCACAUUGGUUUCAGUUCAUGUUGCGUAGAGACACCUUAAGGGGAUAUUGUCCCAUGCUGAGUAUGGGAGCAGUGAGGCAAAGCUUCAACAGUCAGCAUAUUCAAAGUGUGACUAAAGUUGGAAUUAAAAUGUUUAUUUUGUAGUUAUGAAAGUGUACGUGUGAUUGCUCAAUUCUUGUUUUAGUCUGAAAGAUGUGUUUAAACCUUGUCUCCCAUUUCUCAAUUCUAACUUCAUUGAAGAAUUGUUGGCCCCUUUUUUUUUUUAUAAUUCAACCCUAUUUAGGAAAUUGUAAAUAUUCUGUAUAUGUUGAUUUGAUCUUGAUAAGAAAAUGUAUAUUUUCUUGUUCCUGAAAACGGGUAAUAAAUGUAAAGUUGUCCUACUAA